AUGAUUCUCCGAAAAAAUUACCCGGAAAUUCCGAAUGUUUUGAUAAAUUUGAAGCCAAUUGUGGAUUCGAUGGACCCAAAAAAACAGAAUCGCGGAUAUUUGGUGUAUACAUUGGCGCUGGUGGUCCAUGCGAAAAUUUGUGCAAGUUUGGCAGCUCGUGGCAUUGAUUUUUGGUCCAUGCAUCAAGACACAUUAUGGACCCAAAAUUUCGAUAUGAUGAAUGUUGAAGACCGCUAUCCAGAUGCCAAUAUGCUUUUCGAUACUAUUGGAAAUGAGAAUCCCUCAUACGACAGAAUGCGUGACUGGGUUUGUGGUGCCACAUUUUUUGUCAGAGGCAACCCGACGACGUUUCAAUUUUUCAGACAGCUAGAGUCCUACAUGCUAUCUUAUCAAUCACCAGACUCUUCGAUAAUGACAUAUCUAUGUGGUCAUCACCAUUAUAAAUGUGAAUUCCUACCCCAAUGGAUGGUUUCUUCGUUUAACUAUUUCGAAGGACCCAGAGAAAAUGUGCCAGUUUUGAUUCAAUUGGAUGGAGGGAAGAAACCGGGAGAAUCGAAAAUGGAUGUUUUGAAAAGAGGACAUUUUGUGUUUAGAAACCAAAAUGGGACAUGUAAUGAGAGGAGCUUUCAUAAGUUGAGAGACUACGUCAAAUACGGAUUCCCAGAUGCCAUUCGGAAAGAUGGAUCCUUGAAGGAAAAUUGGUCUUCGAAAACGAUAUAUUUCUUCAAAAAUCUUUUUAAUAUUGAUCCAUGGAAUCGCAAAUUUUAUUUGACUAUUCAUCAAUCAUUGAUUUGA